AGUCAUCCAUUCAGUAGCGGAGUGGCAGCCAGAGAGGCAGGGAGUGUACGAGGGCACGUCUGCCUUAUACUCUCACUCGACCUCUCUUACAUGCUCAAAUUCGCUCUAAACCCGCACUUAUACUAACGUGAUUACCCGUAUUUGUGUGCCUGGAGGAUAUUAGAGUGGGGGAAGAAGUAUACGGAAUACUUUAGUAGAGAAAGCAACAGGUAUUUGGGUUGUGUGCAACAUGAUAUACAAAUAAAUGCAUAGAAAGUUAUAAAAUAUUCAGAAGACAUUUUGGAAAAAGACAGUGAUCGCAUAGUGACACUGAAACCAAAGUUUAGUGUUGCAUUCUUGGACGAAGGCUAGAGUGUAUGAACAUCCUCAUGUGAGGGAUGGGCAAGGUCUUGUGAUUAGUGGUGUAAACAACAUUGUUACCGCUGCAGGCAUGUGAAUCUGGAGGAUGGUGGCGCCCCGGAGUGAGUGAGAGGGGCGUCCUCCACCCACAGAUGGAGGCUGAGAUGAAGAACACCAUCAGGAAAGAAUCUGGCGAAGAGGAGGACAUAGAGGAGCAUUCCUCUGCCCCCUCUGCACCAGAAGACGAGGAAAGGUUUAGCGAGAAGUGUUCUACAGGUGCUCUCAGCAUGAUGCUGGAAGGCAACGAGGAAGUAUUGGCAGUGAAGCCACUACUAGAAAUUCCUCGGUGCCUGCAGGAGCAGACGCUGCUAGAGGAGCAGCUUACAAAUACCAACGACGAUAACAACAACAACAACACAGACCACGGGAGCGAAAUGAGCACUGCAGAUAAUGGAUCGUCUUGCAACGCGGAGGAGGUCGUGCGAAAGACAGUAUUUGCCCUUGAACACGACAUUCUGGACGAGACUGAUGCUUGUCUUAGGUUCACCAGUGACGAUGAAGAGGGUGCCACCGACCUAAUGGCGGCCAUUUGUCGUGUCCUGCCGGAGCUGCAGACCGUGAACCCCCUGUGUGUGAUUCGUCACUCCGACGUGGUGUUGACGGACGUAAAAAGUUCCCAGGGACAAGUCACGGAACGAGUGAGUGACGGGCGGGGACCCGUGGACAUGUCCUCGGAAGUGACCAAGGAAGCGCCUACGGAACUGACUGUGGAACCGCCCAUGGAACUUCCAACGGAACCGCCUACUGAACCGCCCAUGGAACCACCCAUGGAACCGCCCACGGAACCACCCAUGGAACCACCCAUGGAACCACCCAUGGAACCUCCCACGGAACCACCCAUGGAACCGCCCACGGAACCACCCUUGGAACCGCCCAUGGAACCACCUACGGAACCGUCCAUGGAACCGCCUACGGAACUGCUAAUGGAACCGCCCAUGGAACUUCCUUCUGAACCGCCUAUGGAACCGCCCAUGGAACCGCCUCCGGAGCCGCCCACAGAACCCGAGCACCCGAUUAUCAUCGACCCUUCUAGUGAAUCACAAGAGCAUCCCAGUACACCCAUAUCUGAAUGCCAGGACUCUACUGGUAUUGACCCUCCGUGUGAAAAUCCGUAUGUCGUCUGCAUGCCAAAGGUUGAUGCUUCCCAGGACUCCCAUGUUUGUGAAGAAGCAGACAUUAAACAUACACAUUCACGUCCCUGUUGCGCCGAGCACUCAGAGGCGAGGGAGACUGCUGUGCAGUCCGCCGCUGCGGGUAAUGAGCUGACAGAGGAACCAACCGUAAAUGAGGGACAGCAAGAAUUCCUCCAGAAUAAGAUUAGAGAGGAACCGACGAGAGAACCAGAGACUGAGUGUGAUUCAGGAGAGAGAGAAAACGCCUCAGAUGAUGAGGGACGGGAAGUUAUAGAUGAAAAUAAACCGAAUGAAACCAAGGAUAGUGGACUAAGAGAGAGAGAGGGCAAGGAUAAAGGUCAAGGGGAAAUGGAGAGUGACGGCGAGAGUUUAAGCUUGCAUGUGCCAAUGAGAAGAGAGGAAGCCAGUGGUGAAAAUAUUGUUACAAACGAAACUCCGGCCAAGAACUUUGAAACGGAAGAUCAGAAUGCAGCAGACGAAGACAAGAUUCUGCCACCAGAAACUGGUAUAGACCCCCAUCAUCUAGGAACAGUGUUUUGUGCCGAGCCAUAUUAUGCCACAGUAGGAGAGGGUGACCCCGUACCCGUGGUGGUUCAAGGAGGGGAGAAAAGCUGUGAGGUGACUGAAUCUGAAGUACGAAGCAGCGACAGUGUCAAAGAAGAGGUUAUGAAGAACGCUGCUGAACAUGUUUAUGAGAUUCCGAGUGAAGUGAAGGAACGCAGACUGAGUCGUAGCAGCAGUAACAGCAGCAGUAGCAGUGGAAGAAGCAGCAGCGGCACUGCCGGCGAGGAGAAAACUGUUGCCGGAAGUUUGACUGAUUGUAACAUGCAAAGUGAAACUGAAAGGGGCGUGUGCGAACGCAAGGAAAAUAAUAGAAAUAACCUGCGGAGGGUCCCCGAGCCAAUCUAUGAAAGCAUCGAUGAUAAAAAUGAAAGCACCGGCGUUAGGAAUGAAAGAAGCGACGAUAGGAAUGAAAGAAUCGUCCAGGACUGUGACUCGCGGUCGAGUAGGUCGAGUAGGUCUAGUCGGUCGAGUACCCUGAGCGGCCCCUGGUGCGAGGAACGCAUCUACGAGGACAUCUCUGAUCUGGGCAGUGGCGGCGUAGGCAGCGGCAGUGGUGGUGGUGAAAGCGGUGGCGGCGGCAACGGUGGUGGUAGCGGUGGUGGAGGUGGUGGCAGUGUCAGCGGUGGUGUCAACGAAGAGACGUGGGUAUCUCGCCGCCUCCACGUGCACCGUCAGUUGUCCUCCUCAGACUCCUGGGGCUCCGAGGACUUCGAGUCGUAUUCCAGCAACGAGGAAGAAAACGGAGGUGGAUCAGUCAAAACACAGGCGCCAAACCUGGAGAACUUUAAGCAGCGCUUAUUGCGAAAGAGAGAACAGUGGCGAGAAAGGCGGCAGUCGAGCAAGAGCCUCAAGGAUGCCUCACGUAAGGACUCCAAAGAGGAUCAGGCAAAAGAAUCUGCUAAACCUACAGAAGAGAAUGCUCCACCUACACCAGACAAUAAAUUGUACAGAUGGUUUUCCUUGCGCAAGAGUGUCAAUUAUGAUGUGGAGCGUCGUAGCAGCACCAUUGUUAAUACAGAACGCACCAGCUCCUACACCACCACCAGUAAUGGUACCAAUGCCAAUACUAACAACAGGAUGCCAAAGCUUUUGGAAGAGGGGGACUCUGAGCAUGGAGGGCUGUUUUCUGAGAAUGGGGGAGUGUUUGCACACACCUUCCAGCGCAGACACCAGCCCCCAACUCUGCCUCCCAUGCCACAAAGCCUCACUCCAGAACAGAUUAAAAGACGACAUAUUGUUGCAUCUAUAGUUCAUAGUGAAAACAAUUAUGUAGCAACUCUCCAGAGACUAGUCAAUGAUUACAAAAAACCUAUAGAAGACUCGAAACCACCAAUUCUUAAUGCAGCCAAGCUUUCUACACUAUUUCAUAGACUAUCGGAGAUUCUUCAGUGCCACACAUUAUUCCGUAUUGCUCUGGCUGAGUGUGUACGACAGUGGGAUCGAGAGGAGAAGAUAGGAGAUGUCUUUGUUGCUUCUUUCUCCAAGGCGAUUGUCUUGGAUAUUUACAGCGACUUUAUCAACAACUUUGCACGUGCCAUGGAAGUUGCAAAGCAAGAAUCCAAAAAGAAAUCCGCUUUUGCUGAUUUCCUGAAGAUGCGUCAGAUCACCUCGCCUGAUCGACUGUCAUUCUUUGGACUUAUGGUGAAGCCUGUCCAGCGCUUCCCUCAGUUUAUUCUCUUCCUCCAGGGAUUGACUGCAGAGCACCUGCAGCAAGUGUCCAGCAGCAUCCAGAGAGCUUUACACAUCAGAGAUGAGCAGAUGGCAUGGGUGGAUGCUUGCUGCUUGCAGUUCACAGUGAAAAACAAAGAAGGUCGGGAAAAAGAGACCUUCACUUUCCAGACGAAUAAUCCUGUUAUCAAGAAGGAUUGGAUUGUGGAACUUCGAUUAGCUCAGUUGGCUCUUGAUAUCUCUAACUCUCCUGCAUGGGAUGUACCCGAACAAGAGAAGCGACCCUCGACUAAAAUGCCUCUAUUUGUCAAGACACUUCCAGUUUUUUCCUCUCUUCAUGACACUGAGGUUAAAUGUGGGUGCUGCUACACUGUAACUCUAUCGCGGCCAAGCAGGUUGUCAGGAACUGGUCGACAUCACACAUAUCUCUGGCUGUGUUCCACUGAUGGUGUCUCUUCACACAUCACCAUCUACCUCAUGCAACAGGUUGGCUUAAGGGAGGUUGUUCGUGUAGACAUGGUUGAAGUUUGUGUAACAUCACUGCAUCAUGUCCCUGGUAUCACCACCACAGAAGAGCCCUCCUUGCGAGCUCACACUGUUUGGAUGGGCACACACUCCCACAGAUUAUUGGUGUACAGUGGAUUAGAUCCGGAACGGCAGACGGAAUUAGGUGCCACUACCGUACCAGCUGCUAUCACAACAAUCAAAUACCACUGUGAUCAGGUAUAUGUAGGUUUGUGUAACGGAUGUGUGCAGGUAUACCGGCGAGGUGCUGAUGGUGCCUGGCAAAUCCGUGAACCUCAUAAUAUUGUCCUCGGCUCACUAGUAGUCUCGGCACUCCUUCCCAUCAACACUCAUGUCUAUGCUGCUUGUGGAGACCAUGUGCAUGUCAUCGAUUGCUUUACAGCAGAAGUUACUAAGAAGUUCUCUGUACAUCACGAAGGUGCUGGUGGUGUACAACUGAUGGCACAUUCUGGCAUUGGACUCUGGAUUGCCCAGCAGAACACCUCAACCAUAUGUUUAUAUCACACAGAAACUUUCCGACACCUUCAAGAUAUCAAUGUUGCUUCAAAUGUUAAUCGUGUGUUGGGUGAAAGAGGGAUUGCUGUUUCCAGUAUAAAUGUGACAGCUUUGUUAGCCUCAAGAGGACUCCUCUGGGUGGGGACAAAUGUAGGCGUUGCUCUUACUAUUCCAUUGCCUCGCUUAGAGGGUGUACCAAUAAUUAGUGGACGUGCAAAUAUUAGCUAUCAUGCUCAUAAUGGACCAAUAACAUUCCUUCUUGCACUACAACCUCAUGCCAGACCACAGGCUACUCUUCCCGAGCUACGGCCUGGCUCUCGUCAAUCUUUACAAGAUAACCUCAGUCAUCCUCAACAAGAUGGCUCCCGAUCUCAUGGUUCUGAUGACAUCAGAAGCUUUAUAAUUACACCAACACCUGCGUCACGACUUGAAAAGCAACAAAGCGAUGGCAGUCUUGUACCACCAAAACGUGUACCACCUCGCCUGCGGCAACAGCUGAGUUCUCCUGUAAUACUGAGACGUAAACCAAGAGACACCCAGCAACACGUGCGGCGUCUCUCCAAGACACUACCACGUGGUUUAGGGCUAGGAACUCUAGCAGGUAGUCAGGAGUGUGAUGUAUAUGGUCUCUAUGGCGAUCUGUUAAACGUUCACGAGUACGAAGAUGAGCCAAUGAUAAUAGGAGAAGGAUUUUUGCUUUCCCGAUAUGAUUCUAUGCGCCGCAGUGAUCCAGAAUUGGCUGUUCCCUCUCAAGUUAGUACUCUUGAUCGGCGCGUUAGACUGAAAGCCUCACGUCCUCGCUCCUUGGAUCUAUCAACCUGGUCCAUGGAUUCCAGGGCCUCCUCAGCCUGUACCACAUCCUCAGGAUCAGAAGAUGGCAGUGGAGUUAUGAAUAGUGUUAUCGCAUUGAAUAAUGUCUCCACAGCAGCACACGACACCGUGUCUCACUCGACAACAAGUGGUGGCACAACAAAUAGGUCCACCAUUUCUGGACGCCGCAAAGAAAAUGAUCAGUCACGCACACUUAUGACACUGAUGGGUGGACGAGGCUACAUCAACUUGAGGCAGUUCCAGGACGUCCAACCUCCUUAUUCCAAUGACAAAGAUGCACAUAUUGUCGUUUGGGAGAUGAAGCUUUAACCAAUCUUCUGUAGAACUUUUAUUUCUUAUAACUUAUUUACCUAACUCAUUUUCUAAUACUUUUUACAAACCCUGUGCAAUUGUGAUAUGUCUUAAGUUUUGUGCCCAUAUUUAGAAUGGCUCCUGUUACGUAUUUAGACAAGUGAAAAUGUCGUGUUUGACUCAUUAAUGGUUUAUGUCAAGCUUCCAGUGCAAGGAAAUUUAAUGUCUGUGUAUUAUAUAAACGCUUUUGUCAAGGCUGCUUUAUAUAAAGAAAAAUAUCUAUUUACAGUAACAGUAUAUUUCAGGAUAUUAGUGUAAAUAUCAAUGAGCUGCAAUUUUAAAUACAUUAUUUUGGUCAAUAUUGCAGACCUUGUUAACCUGCUAUGAAAAUAUUGUAUAAGUGUAUGUAAUAAAAUAUAUUAUUUUGA